AUGUUUCGAAGCGCCUCCAUAGCUGGCCGCGUUGCCGGAAGAGCGUUAUCGGCGUCGACCCGAGUUGCCACAAGACCUGUAUCCGCACGCAUCACAUCACCCCUCGCUAUUGCGAGCCGGCGGCAGUAUCAUGAGAAGGUCCUCGAUCACUAUUCCCGGCCUCGCAAUGUAGGCAGCAUGUCAAAGACGGAUACGGAUGUGGGAACUGGUCUCGUCGGUGCUCCAGCAUGUGGCGAUGUGAUGAAAUUGCAAAUUAGGGUUGAUCCAUCCAACAACACUAUCUCAGAUGUCAAGUUCAAGACCUUUGGUUGCGGCUCAGCUAUUGCCUCUUCAUCAUAUUUGACCGAACUCGUGCGCGGAAUGACGUUGGAGGAAGCUGGCCGAGUACGGAAUACGGAAAUCGCAAAGGAACUUUGCUUACCACCUGUCAAACUGCACUGCUCUAUGCUUGCGGAGGAUGCUAUCAAAUCAGCCAUCUCCAACUAUUACACCAAAAAUCCGAAUGCACGAACCACUGACUUGGGUGGAAUUGGCACAAGCAUGCCAAAGAUUGACGUUGAGACCGUGAUGGAGCCAUCAUCAUCUCAGACUGCCGCAGCUUGA